AUGUCAACAAAACGCAAAGCGCCGGUCAAGCUGGCCGCUCCCGCUGCUAGAACCAGCGCUAGAAUCCCUAAUAAGUCCGUCAUCGACGAGUCAAAGGCCUCUAUCGCCGGACCCGACGCCCUCCAGCCCUCGCAGGUUGAGACCAUUGAGAUCUCGUCCGAUAACGACAGCGACGAAGAUAUCUCCGAUGCUGAGAGCCCAGAGGAGGAGCAGACCGCCCAUGAAACUGCUGUGACAAACGCCCGCCAAAAGGCCGCCAAGCAAAAGCCCAAUGGCCAGUCUAAUGACGAGGAAUCAGACGCUGAGGGGACAUCGCCUUCUUUUGGAGAGCUUCUCCGCGCAGAGAACGAUAUCAUUGAUGUGCCCUCCGCACUCAACGGCGCAGUUGUUUCCCAGCCUUCGAGAAAUGCGAUUGUGCCCCCGACACACCAGUCCCUUACCACCGUUCUUUCUCAGGCCCUCCGUACCGACGACACAGACCUUCUCGAGUCGUGUUUGCACACCACCGAUCUCCCCACCAUCCGCAACACCAUUGAGCGCCUCGACAGCGCUCUCGCUGGCACUCUUCUUACCAAGCUUGCCGCUCGCUUGUACCGCCGUCCUGGUCGCGCCGGAAACCUUAUGACUUGGGUCCAGUGGACACUAGUCGCCCAUGGUGGUGCCCUCGCAUCUCAGCCCAAGGUUAUCCACAGUCUCAGCGGCCUGCAAAAGGUUCUCGCUGAGCGCGCUAAGGGUCUGUCAAGUCUUCUCGCCCUGAAGGGUAAGCUCGAUAUGCUCGAGGGCCAAAUGGAUCUUCGUCGUAAGAUGUCGCGCCCCGGCCUUCACAACGGUGAUAACUCGGACUCUGACGAAGAUGAGGACGAAGAUGUUAUCUGGGUUGAGGGUGAGGACGAUGCUGCGCGCACACCUGGUCGAAGGCGAGGUCUUGACACUGAGUUUGACGAUUCAGACGACGAUGUUCCCAUCACCAACGGCUUUGUUGGUGACUCUGACGAUGAGGAGGAUUCAGCUGGUGAGGAGGACGACAGCGAUGCCGAGGAGUCUUUGGACGAGGACGAGGUCAAUCAUGACGAUGUGGACGAGUCUAUGGGUGAGGACGAGGAGAGCGAUGUUGAAGCUGCGUCUGCACCACCAUCCAAAUUGCAAAAGACUGCUGGUAGCUUCGGCAAGCGGAGGUGA